AUUGGCGGUUCGCGUGUUGGUUUUCCUUCUAUGUGUUAGUUGUUUUAGCAAAUAUUAAAAUGAAUGUUAUUCCAGGCGGUGUGGAUAUUUCAGCGCGUGACUUAACCCUUUAUUUUAUGUUUGUUGGUUUAGUUUUUGUUGAAAUGUUUGUUUUUUGAAGCUAACAACUUUUGCUGAACGGCGACGUUAGCUCUGAAGCUAACUGGCUAGACAACACUUCGUGAAGACAACUCGAAACUUUUUGCCCCUCCCUGCCCUCACUCAGGAACUAUUUUGUGUUUUAUGUCACGAAGCUGUCUUUAAACAAUGGCAAACCCCACAUCACUGCAGAAGGAACAAGGACAACAUUUGUGGUUUUCUCUCCUGGCGCUGGGAUUUCAACCCGACGCUGCCGCUUCGUCCAUCGUUAGCAAAACUAACAUUAAAUAUCUCAACUUGGGACCGAAUAUGUUCGACAAACCAAACAAAGACGCAUUUUACAUUGUUACCAAUUUCCUGUUGGAGAAAUUCAACCCCACAAGGUUUCAUGAAGCCUACAGGCACUGCUGGCCCGUUUUGAGCCACAAAGCAGACGCAGAGUUCCGCAGAGUUACCUGUUGUUGGCUGCGGGAAAUAAUGGACGACACUGCGAACGCAGAGUCCAAAGUCGUGGCGUCCUUGUUUCUGUCCCCCGGCGGCCCCAAGUUUGUCAGCUUGAUGCUUCAUUUAGCCAGUCGUGUCAUGCUGCAGGAAAUGAAGACAUUCAACACAGAUGGCAGCUGGGUUCCUGAGGCUGCGGCGACGCCAGCCUCCUCCUUGGACAUGGCCGUUAAGAGACUCGGUCUGGUCCGUGCCAGGUUUCUGAAGACUGCGGUCGGUCAGGAUCGUUUGCUUCACGAGUACCAGAGACGAGCUCAGUACGCUCCCUGUGGUCGCACAUCGAUGCGAUGCUGUUGGCCAUCAAAGAGGAGCAGACCGCCAUGGAAGCUGUUCUGAAGGGGGACGUGGACCAGUACGUCCUGGAUGGAACGGACCGGGUCCUGAACAUCCCUCGCUGCCUUCAGGAGCGGGUCGAGCAACUCCCACAUCAGUUGAGUUCGGGGAGCGUGUACGAAGCCGGCCAGCUGAACCUCCUCUGCGUCGUGGAGCUGUUCAGCCACGCCCUGCAGCUCCUGAAGGAGCAGCGCCGUCAGGUCUCCACUGCCUCAGAGUCCUGGCCCAGUCCUCAGGACCUGCAGGAGAAGUGUCAGCAGAUGUCCCGGGUGCUGCAGGAGCUCCRCCUCCUCAGGCAAAAACUCUCCAAGGAAGAAAUUCCAGAGAUCAGGACGUCCAUCAGAGAGCUGGAGGCGGACUGGGACAAGAGGUGGACAGAAACUCUGAAAGAAACCCCUCUUGUUUCUUUCCUGAAUGAAGAUCCUGCUUUUGGUUUCCUCUCACCGAUGGCUCCGCUCUCUUUUGAACCGGCUGCUGAAGCUUCUUACAGAAGUAGUGUCUUCUCACAGUUUCCUGCCAAACUUCCUGAGGAGAAGCCUGAGGACGGUGAAUCAGAGGAGGUUGUAAACACAAUAAGUCUUAAAGAGUUGAGUUCCCCGUCAACCCCCGAGGCGUCUGAAGGAGUUCCUGCUGCUAAACCGUCCCGAGUGAACACGUCUCUGGACUGGCUGUUCGACACACCCAGGUCACCGCCUCCGAACGCUCCGCCUCUGCCGCYGCUUCAGGAGAGUGUUAGCAGGACGGCCCGACGGAAGGUCACUCCCCCAAAGUCCAAAACUCAGAUCUUAGACUUGGAAUAUGAAAACCUCGCAGAUCAGUUUGCAGACGCCGUCACCACAGCCGGUCCUUCAGAGGGUCGAGCUAACGAAGGUUUAGAUCUGGAGAGUCUUCUCACCACCCUGCAGAGAGACCCGUUCUCCACUCGGAAGCAGCUGCCUCGAACGCCUGAGAGCUUGAUUCUGGAUGUGAAAAGCUCCUGGAGAAAGGCGGUUGAAGAAGACAAAGCUACAGAUCCUUCCUCGCCGGCAGGGCUAGACGACAGUCUGACCGGACGACUCAGUCGGACUCAGAACGCGAGCCCCUUCGCCCCCCCGGUGACUGUUUCCCGUACCGACAGCACCCCUGUCUGCCAGCAGGAGGUGGGACAGAAAUCUUCUCUCCUGUGGGACACGUUCCACACCGCGGCCCUCGACAUGGAGACCCUCCCYGAGCUGCCGAGCUGCGACAGUCUGAGCCUGGAGGACGAGCAGGGAGGAAGCCACGGCAGCUCUCCUGUGGAGAACGAGAGGACGAGCCGGAGUCCUCUGUGGGACAAGGACUGGCUGACGGGACCUGGAGCCUCAGAAAACACCAACAAGGUGUUUUCACUGGAUCUGGAUUCACUGGACCCACCUUCACCGGGACAGAAACCAGAAUACUGCCUCCCCAAACUCAUCACCUUCUCCCCUGUAGAUGAUAUGAAGUGGUAGCUGCAGUCACAAGAGCCACUCUUAGAAAAAAAAAAAACACUCUUAGCUCUUUAUUUUUAAUUUGUAACUAAUAGAUGUAAAUAAACAGUUGUUUCACAAUAAAUAAAAUAUGAUCAUUAAACUGUCUCAUUUGAAGUAAGGUUUUAUGAAAUGUUCUUAAUCACUUCACUGUUGAACAAGAAACCAUUUCAUGCUAACGGCUAGUCUGAGCGAAGCCACAGUGGCUUUCUGCCAUUUUUAAAAUGUUCUCCAGUCUCAGUGGUUGAUUCAUGUUUUCAUUGAAACGGUGAUGACACAAGUUGAAAAACAUGUAAUGAUUUUCCUGAUUUGCUUGAAAACACCAUUGAGAAACAACCUGCAGAAAAAUAAAAUACUUACAAUGAACAGG